AAUUUGUGUAACUCACAUCAAUACGUGUAGUUAGACGGGGAAGAAGAGAAAAAGAAAAACAUUCCGGACCUUCAUAAACUUCAUUCCCACGAGGACAGCUGUGUUUACGAACAGGCGCAAUGGGAGAACAAUCUCUCCCUUGUGCUCAUGGCCAACGUCAUCAUUGCACAGGUACCAGGUGAACACACUCAUACGAUCUAAUAUUCGACCUCGACAAUUUCUACCAUGCCUUCCAUCCGAGCUCUAUCAAGGCGCUUCACCUCAGGGGAUGUUUCAGAUAAGCAGCGUCCUGUAACGCCACCUCCACCAUAUACUUUCGAUGAAGAAGAAGAGAUAUGCUGUACGAAGGACGAGAAGGGAAGCGAUCCUUCCAAUCGUCUAGAGAAGAAUCCUGCAUCUCUGAACAUUAAAUUUGAUCCUGUACCCGAUCUCUCUUUAACGAACCCCACCGCCUCCAGCAGUGAUGACUCUACUCCAGCCACGUCUAAAUCAGGUCUGUCAAAGAAGCAAAUGGCCAAAAAUUACUUUCUCGAUUUCUGCUACUUUCCAGACGACUAUGAUCAACGCCUGGUCAAUUAUCCCGACACGCAGCUCAAGAAACAAGAAGCCGUCAAGACCAGGAUAUGCUAUUCAUCCAUGUGUUCGAUCAUCAGCGGCACAGCCUUUGCCGUGCCCUCACACGGUGCAUCGGCGGGGAUCUGUGUCUGGGCAGCGCGGAGGUGGUACGUCGCCGCGAAGAAGUUGAAGUUCAUCAAAGCCGAACUCGUUAAUCGAGGCAUCGAACUCCGACCCUUCCUCCAUCGAGACUGGAUCAUUCCAGCGUCCGUGGCCAUAACGUGUCUUGCGGUGGGCAUGGGCGUGGACUUUGGUCUUGCCGGGGCAGUCCCCCUGGGACACGCUGACCACACUCUCAACGGUGGAGGACAGAUUCAGCCAGACUCUGGCACGGCCACUCAGGGUCUACAACACGCCGGCAAUGUGCCCGUGACGCACGCCACUGAUCCCGCUCUGCAGCAGCACGGCGGUACGGCCAGCCAUGUCCAUUCUAUCCUCGAUCCACAGCCCGGAGCAGCUGGCGAAUGGCACGAGAGUCUACACGAAAAGAUACAAACCGCCGCACAGAACUGGGGCUCGGGAUUUCGAGACCAGGUGCAGUCUUUGUUCGGGCCCACUCACCACGCCAUAUCAUCCGGUUGCACUCCAGAUCAGACGUACGAAGGCGCCGCGGCGUGGAUCGCUGGCGCACAGUCGGCCCAGCUGGUCGAGAAGGAGAUCAUGGCCUUGCUCAGCAUGCAAGCCGUACAGCAAGUGUGCGAACGUCUCGACUACGAAAGUAUCCUGCCCAAGUACAACCACAACAUAACUUGCAACAGUCUCCCUUGGGCCACCGACAUCAUCUGUUCGCGAUGUGAGACGAAUGUUUCACGAGGGAGGUUCUAUCAUUGCUGCGACUGUCCCGGGAGUGACUCUCAAGCCGACGAUGAGUUCAAUCUGUGUCUGAAAUGCCACGAAGAAUCUUCCGCGUGCAGAGACCCAAAGCACACUCUGCAACUUCGCCAGACGGCCCUACCAGGCCGAUACGUCCUCCCUUCCGGCUCGACCAAACUGAUCAAAGACAUCGCCGGGCCGGCAAAGUUGAGUUGUACUUUUUGUUCUACCCGGAUCACGCGAGGUUGGCAUUACGACUGUCUCGAAUGCCGCAAGACCAAGAACCAAUACACACUCUGCAUCCGCUGUUACGAAUCCGGUCGCACAUGCCCCGGCGACGACACCCACAACCUCUACGCCUUUCCUCGAGCAAAGUUCGCCUCUUACAACCAGGAUGCACCGUACCAGAAACAACAAAAAGGUCAAGCGCCCACAGGACAGGCGACUUGCUCUGAUUGUCAUGCCAGAAUUGACAAGGGGGCGUUUUACCAUUGCUCAAAAUGCAAAGGCGGUACAUUCGACUUAUGCGACGAGUGUUUCGAGCUAGGCGAACACUGUCUCGACAAUGAUCACGUCCUCGUCAAGUUUUAUGCGUGGAAAUACUUCAGACAUGUCGACAAGACAUUAAAACCGAGUUGGAAGUGCUCGAACGAACGGUGUAUCAAACCAGAUGGGAAGGAUGAUUUCUUCUUUGGUUGUCGAAAAGAAGAAUGUCAGGAUGGACGUCAUGAAAUUUGUCCACCUUGUUAUUUUAGUGAUGUCCUCUGUCCGGUCAAGGAGCAUGAAAUGUUCAAGUGUGUAUUUGUAUAGAAAUUGGCGGGUCAAGGAUUGCUAGAAAAAGGGACAUUACGUAUUCCCUGUAUGAGCCAGACACAAAAAGAGAAAAUCCCUGCCCCAAAAUAAGUACCUACUCGGUGCAGCAGGUGAAUGGGCAAUUCUCAAUCAUUGAUCUGUCCGUUGCGAACCUAUGCUGACUUGUAGAGCACUUACAUCGUGCGUAACAAGACAUUUCCAACCUUUAUCUGUACAGUAUAUGAAUCCGAUUUCUCCUCC